AUGGAGCUGAGGGAAUUUUCAAAACUCGCUGGAACGAUUGUUGUGCGCUGCCCGAAGUUGAUCUAUCUGACAGGAGAUCACAGCACCCUGCGCUUCACCAACACAAGGGUUCCCCACAAGUACCCAUUUUUGACGGGGCUCAAAGUAUCUGGGCAGGACUUACAACUCCUGGCCCCUCUCUUAGUUCAGCUAUUCAAUCUCGAGUUCUUCGAGAUGCACCAGAGCUAUGGUGAUGGCGAUGCCCUCGGACAUUCAUUUUCGCCGCCUACCUUCAAGCUUUCAAACAUAUCGAUAUCUCAGACAGAUUCUCAAACCAUCGAGUCCUUGGAGGUGCAGGAAGUAGGCUCAGGCUUGUGCCAUUUGAUCGAGGUCAUUGGAGACUUUGUGAAGAAGCUCCACAUCAAACAGCUGUUUGAUAUGAUAGUAAGGAGCGACUUGGGUGCUAUCAAAGCACUAUAUGGGUUGCCGAGACUGCGAAGCCUUCGCAUCGACGGACAGAGUUUCAAAACAGAACCUUUGCUCAAUUUGCAAUCAUCAUUGGAGACAUUCGCGUUCUCCAACGCUGUCGCACGUAAUGUCCAGGCCCGGCUGGAGUCGGGUUGGCAGCCCUCGUUACGGUCGCUGGAUAUGUACUGUGGGCCCGGGUUAUUGACCUUGUUGCCUUGGAUUCCGACCAUGACUGAACAGAAGGAAGUUCGCCUCAGUGAUCACCAGCAUGUAGGUCUGAGAAAUUCUUUACACAUUAACGCUUUUAUCUCGGGACUUGCAUACAUUUCGACUUCGGGCGAAAGACCGUUGGCCUUGAUGUCGGUGCUUAUUGUCUUCAAUACCUUAUACUGGACGGCUGUGUCGACAAUAGAUCUUUAUGAAGCGUGGGGCGUUACUAAGUAG